AAGAAUUUUUUGUGAUUUCUUCCCAUCGUUUGACCGUGAUCUAAAGCACUAGCUAAUUGAAAGGAUUGUGGACUUUGCUAAAGUCCGGGUCGGGUUCAAGUGUAUGGGACCACCUAAAAAGCCAGAGCCACAUGAAAAUUCAGAUCAAACCAGAAAGCCGAGUCAACGCAAGAUGGUUGUAGAUACAAUUCGUUACAAUCCUAGUGUGUGCACAUGCGGGGAACAUGGAUGCCAGCCCCAGUAUAGGAUGGAGAGGAAAGUUCGGUGGAUAAAUGAAGAAGAAUGCUCAAAAGAACAGAAGGGCGAAGCGGAAAAGAAAGAAAGCGAAGGUAAAUGCGGUGACAGAAAUGGUGUAAGCGAAGGCGACGGUAGAUGUAAUGGCAGAAUUGAUAAUGACGAAGAGGAUGGUAGAUGCAAUGGCAGGGUUGAUGGUGGCGAAGGAGGUGGUAGAUGUGAUGGCAGAGUUGAUGGUGACGAAAGCGAUAGUAGUGGUGAUGGCAAUGUGGAUGGUGACGUAGGCGGUGAUAAAUGUGACGGCAGAGCGGAUGAUCACGAAGGCGAUGUUAAAUGCAAUGGUAGAGCGGAUGGUGGCGUAGGCGACGAUAAAUAUGAUGGUAAAGCGGAUGGUGACGAAGGCGAUGGUAAAUAUGACGGCAGAGUUGAUGGUGACGUAGGCGGUGAUAAAUGUGACGGCAGAGCGGAUGAUCACGAAGGCGAUGUUAAAUGCAAUGGUAGAGCGGAUGGUGACGUAGGCGGUGAUAAAUAUGAUGGUAGAGCGGAUGGUAACGAAGGCGAUGGAGGAUGUGAUGGCAGAGUCAAUGGUUACGAAAUCGACGGUAGAUGUGAUGGCAGAGUUGAUAAUAACGAAUGUGAAGGAGGAUGUGAUGGCAGAGUUGAUAUCGGCGAUGGUGAUGGUAGAUGCGAUACCAGAGUCGAUGUUGACGAAGGUGAUGGUAGGUGUCAUGACAGAGUCGAUGGUGAAGAAAGUGAUGGUAGAUGUGAUGGCAAAGUUGAUGGUAGCGAUUGCGAUGGUAGAAUUGGUGUUCACGAUCAUGAUAGAUUUGGUGGAUGCGUUGGUGGUCAAGACGAAGGCAGCUACAAUGGUAGCUACGAUGGCAGGCUUCCUGCUGGUGAAGCUGAUGACAGAUCCGUUGGCAUUGAUGAUUCUGAUAGCUAUGCCAGGUCCGAUACCCAUAUGUCUGGUACCAGCAGUGUUUGGAAAGACGAUACUGAAGAAAUCGCUCCUGCGUUCGGAAUAAUGUCUAUCUAUUGCAACAGUGAACUACACAAAUAGGGAAGAGAUCAAGGCGAGACUGACAAGAAAUAAGUAUCUGUAUGCAGCCAACUUUGAGAUUUCUUUUAUCUUUUGCAAUAAAAUCAAAUAUCAUCCUUCAACGUUUUUAUUUGUCUUCAG